GCCUCGUCACUCUUAUGAAAGCUGCACGCUGCUGCUUCUGCACGAAGACGGUUGUUUGUGUGAAACAUGUCGAUUUACAGGAACGCCGUUUGGUUCGUGAAAGGCCUGCAGGAGUACACAAAGAGCGGCUACGAAGCAGCAGCAAAGCAUUUUGCUCCCUCAGACCUGGAGGUGAACCUGAGCGGGAGGUCCUUCAUGAUCACAGGAGCCAACAGCGGCAUCGGCAAAGCCACGGCGCAGGAACUCGCCAACAGAGGAGGAACCGUUCACAUGGUUUGUAGAAACAAGAGCCGAGCAGAAGCCGCCAAAGAAGAAAUAGUUGAACGGAGUCAAAAUCAGGACAUCCACGUCCACAUUUUGGACAUGUCCAACGCCAGACAAGUGUGGGAGUUCGCCCAGAGCUUCUCCCAGAGCAGCAGCGUUCAUGUCCUGAUCAACAACGCCGGCUGUAUGGUGAACCAAAGAGAGCUCACUGAGGAAGGGCUGGAGAAGAACUUCGCCACAAAUACACUCGGUACUUACAUCCUCACCACGGCGCUGAUACCGGCCCUCAAGAAGGCUGAAGACCCGAGAGUGAUCACCGUGUCGUCGGGCGGAAUGCUCACACAGAAGCUGAACAUGGACGACCUCCAGUUUGAGAAAGGGACGUUUGACGGCACCGCGGCCUACGCCCAGAACAAAAGGCAGCAGGUGAUCCUGACAGGGCGGUGGGCUGCUCAGCACAAAGAGAUCCACUUCUCCUCCAUGCACCCCGGCUGGGCAGACACUCCAGCCGUCCAGACGUCGAUGCCUUCGUUCCACGCUAAGAUGCAGGCCAAGCUGAGGACGGAGGCCAUGGGCGCCGACACCGCCGUGUGGCUCGCCGCGUCUGCAGCCGCCACCAAGCAGCCCAGCGGACUGUUCUUCCAGGAUCGUAAAGCCGUGUCGACUCACCUUCCUCUGGCCUCCUCCAGGUCUUCACCACAGGAGGAGGAGAAGCUCCAGGCUGCUCUGGAGGAGUUCGCCCUCAAGUUCAAACCCUGAAACGUCUCUUCAUGCACCUUUUAAAUAAAACCAAGCACUCACCAAUAAUUACUAAAGUUUACAUCAUCGUGUUGUUUUACUGUACAGGAUGCUUUUCUACUUGUUUUUGACUUCUCAAAGUAGAGUGAAGUUUUUUAUCAAACAGUUCGAUCAACAAACAAACAAGCUUCUUUAUUUAUUCUUUAAAUAUAAAAUACUUAAUAUUUAAUUAACAAAAUGAUUGUUUGACUGUACUUAUUUUCCUCAUGUGACCUUGAAUUCUUGAAGAAAACCUUGUUUUUCUCUCAUGUCUCCACGAAGAAUAAAAGAAACAGUAAAGUCUGAGGAGUUAAAGUAAAUUUGGGCAAAACUUUAUGAAAACAUUCAAACUUUCACAUCGAUUUAAAUGAAGUCUCAUUUAUCCAGUCUGAUGCUUUUCUACUUCACAAACACAUGCAGCCUUCAUCUAAAACACUUUAACAGUCUCAUGUUGUGCAGGUAGACGAGUCUGAAGGCUUUUAAAUAGUAAAGUUUUAGAGAAGAUUCAUGACGGAAGAGUUCUUUUGAAGUUUUCUUUUAGAAUUCAAAACCACAAUGUGAGUUACUGAUCAUUUGGGUGAAGUGUUCCUUUAACGCUGCGUUUAUCAAACCUACAGAGAUACAUUUAUAGAUCGGACCUGCUUUAAUAUAACUAACACAAAACGCUAAUUUGUUUAUUAAUAUCUGUAAAUGAUAUUGAUUAAUCUGAGUGGUGGAUCAGUCCGUUCUAUACGUUUCUCUGUAAAGACUGUUUCCACUAAAACCUUCGUCGCUCUGAAGGAGAAACAAUAAUUAGUGUUUUCGUGUUAAACGACCAAAUCAAACGCACUUUUAAUGGAAAAUGUAACUUCAUGUUUUGCAGAUUUUUUAUAUUGUAUAAGUUGGUCUCUGAAAAAAGCCAAUAGUUGAUCAGUUAAAAUCCAGAGACAGAAAAUUAAUCAAUUAAAUGAAUUAAAUCAAAAGAUCAAACAGAUUUUCUGAUUAUUUUCUCUUUAAAAUCAACAAUUUUUUUGUCACAAAGAUUCAGUUUUUUUCUGACCAAAGAUGAAGUUCUUGAUAUAUCUGCUCAACUAUUCAUCAGCUGCUGAUUGUUCUUUAUCUACUGUGUCACAGAAUAUGAAUUAUUUUGCAUUUUGUUAACUUUUGGAACUAAAGCUCUUUGAUGCCAAUAAAGA